CAUUGCAACCAUACGGUUUAUUUUGAAGGGUCCAAAGCUGGCAGAGGUAUUCACCACGCUAUAUCUAUACUUUGAAAAGUUAUAGGCUUUUUUGUGGAUACAAAAGACCAAUUUUUCACUGAAUUCCCUCGUUUUCCUUGCAUUUUCCCAUACUUAACGAAUUUCACGAAUUUUCCACUAGUACAGCUCAGCAGAUUCUGGUCCACAACAUAAAAUAGGAUGUCUACACGAGGAAGAAACAGUUUCAAGGGACUGACAUCGGCCCGGUUCGUCAAGAACAAGGUCAAUUCGGAGUUCCGCAACCGCCAGCCGAGACAAGACGCAAGAGCCAUCGACCCGUAUAUAGCCAACAACCCCAUGCUCAACGAUUCCAUCACCAAAAAGGAGUUGGUGGCUCGAAUAGACGCGUUGGAUUCGAUGAUGGGCUUUUCCCGUAUCGAACAUGGCGAAGCUGAUGGAAUGAAACCGCGUAAGGGCUGGUUGGUGAAUAUGCAUGCUACCACUAUUCCCAGUGAUGAAUAUCUCACAGGGUACUCUGGUGUAGACUACUAUUUCUUAGAUGAAGAAGGUGGUUCGUUCAAAACCACGUUACAGUUUGAUCCGUAUUUCUUUCUAGAUCUCAUUCCCGGGCACGAGUCGGAAGUGGAGGAGUGGUUGAAGAAGUUUUUGGAGGAAUGCCAUGUCAAGAACUUAUCCCGAGUCAUCAAAGAAGACCUCGCCCUUCCCAACCACUUGGUAGGACUCCAGAAGAACUUGAUUAAAUUAACGUUUCACAAUGUCCAGGACUUGUUAGCCGCCAGAAGGUUACUCUCUCCUAUUAUCAAGGACAAUCAGGCUAAGAAGGGCUCCAGAGAUAUCUACAAUGUAAUGAACUUCACCAACGGCAACAGUAACAACUCAGAUUUUAAUGAUUCUAUAGCUGAUCCAGCUACUUUGAUAGACGACAUGAGAGAAUAUGACAUGCCAUACCAUGUUCGGGUAUCUAUUGAUAUCAACGUCAGAGUCGGUAAAUGGUACGAUGUGUAUGUCAAGCAUUCACAAGUAACCUUAGUUGAAGAUAAGGAUAAGAUCGCAUUUGCUGAUCCUGUAGUAUUAGCUUUCGAUAUCGAAACCACAAAGGCUCCUUUGAAGUUUCCAGAUGCCAAAAUCGACCAGAUCAUGAUGAUCUCGUAUAUGAUAGACGGAGAUGGUUUCUUGAUCACUAACAGAGAAAUAAUCUCUGAAGACAUUGAAGAUUUCGAGUAUACGCCUAAGCCAGAAUACCCUGGGAUGUUUACGAUUUUUAACGAACCCGAUGAAAAGCACGUCCUAAUGAGAUUCUACGAACAUAUAAGGGAGGCUAAACCAACCGUGAUAGCAACAUUUAACGGUGAUUUUUUCGAUUGGCCCUUCGUAGAAAAUAGAACCAGAUUCCACGAUAUGGACAUGUUUGAUGAAAUUGGCUUCGCAAAAGAUAAUGAAGGCGAGUAUAAGUCCAAGUACUGUGUUCACAUGGACUGUUUCAGAUGGGUCAAAAGAGACUCGUAUUUGCCACAAGGGUCUCAAGGUUUGAAAGCUGUGACAACAGCAAAGUUGGGUUAUAAUCCGACGGAAUUAGAUCCAGAGCUAAUGACACCAUAUGCUUACGAACACCCACAGUUACUUUCAGAAUACUCGGUUUCCGAUGCUGUUGCCACUUACUACUUGUACUUCAAGUAUGUCCAUCCGUUCAUCUUUUCCUUGUGUACGAUUAUUCCUUUGAACCCAGAUGAAGUUUUGAGAAAGGGAACAGGUACGUUGUGUGAGAUGUUGUUGUCGGUUCAAGCCUAUGAAAAUGGCAUUUUGCUUCCGAACAAGCAUUCCGAUCCAAUUGAGCGGUUUUACGAUGGGCAUUUGCUAGAAUCUGAAACUUACGUAGGUGGUCAUGUAGAGUCUUUGGAAGCUGGAGUUUUUAGGAGUGACAUUCCCUAUGACUUUAAGGUCGACCCUACAGCCAUAGAUGAGUUGCUUCAUAACUUGCAUAGCUCAAUCAAAUUCUGUAUCGAAGUAGAAAACAACAAGAAGAUGGAACAAAUCACCAACUUCGACGAGGUUUACAAUGAUAUUAAGUCCAAAUUGCUAGCAUUGAAAGAAACUCCGAAAAGAAAGGAAGAACCCUUGAUAUAUCAUGUGGAUGUUGCUUCGAUGUAUCCUAAUAUCAUGACCUCUAAUAGACUACAACCAGAUUCCAUGAAAUCCGAAGAAGACUGUGCAGCCUGUGAUUUCAACAGACCAGGCAAGAACUGUGAUAGAAGACUUCCUUGGUCCUGGAGAGGUGAGUAUUUCCCAGCCGAAAUGAACGAAUACAAUAUGAUCAAGCGAACUUUACAGAAUGAAACAUUUCCAGCUUCAAGACCUUGGCUUCCUGAGAGGUCAUUUGACGAGCUAUCCUACACUGAACAAGCAACCUUGAUCAAGAAGAGAAUCAGUGAUUAUUCUAGAAAAGUGUACCAUAGAGUCAAGAAAUCGAAGGUAGUUAAUAGAGAGGCUAUUAUCUGUCAACGAGAAAAUCCUUUCUAUGUCAACACUGUUAUUUCUUUCAGAGAUCGUCGUUAUGAAUUCAAAGGCUUGGCCAAGGUUUGGAAAGGAAAGGUGUCCAAGAUUGAUAAACAUGAUUCUAUUGCCAGAGAUGAAGCAAAGAAAAUGGUAGUUUUGUAUGAUUCCUUGCAAUUGGCUCAUAAGGUUAUUUUGAACUCUUUCUACGGAUAUGUGAUGAGAAAAGGUUCCCGUUGGUACUCAAUGGAAAUGGCUGGUGUGACAUGUUUGACUGGUGCCACAAUUAUUCAAAUGGCUAGAACUUUAGUCGAAAGAAUUGGAAGACCUUUGGAACUAGAUACCGAUGGUAUUUGGUGUAUUUUGCCCAAGUCUUUCCCAGAGAAUUACAAUUUGAAAUGCAAAGAUGGCAAGAAGAUUUUUCUUGAAUAUCCCUGUUCCAUGUUGAACUACUUAGUUCAUGAACAAUUUACUAAUCACCAAUACCAGGAUCUAGUGGAUCCAGCCACUUUCAAAUACAAAACUAGAUCUGACAAUUCCAUUUUCUUCGAAGUAGAUGGUCCAUAUAAGGCUAUGAUUUUGCCUACUUCUAAGGAAGAAGGUAAGGGAUUGAAGAAAAGAUACGCUGUGUUCAAUGAUGAUGGUUCUCUUGCUGAAUUAAAGGGAUUUGAAUUGAAGAGAAGAGGAGAGUUGCAGCUUAUCAAGAACUUCCAAUCUGAUAUUUUCAAAUUGUUCUUAGAAGGAUCUACGCUAGAACAAUGUUACCAGGCAGUUGCUACUGUUGCCAAUAACUGGUUGGAUGUAUUGGAUACAAAAGGAGGAAUGCUUGAAGAUGAAGAUUUAAUCGAACUUAUUUGUGAAAAUAGAAGUAUGUCCAAAAGUUUGGAAGAAUACGGAGACCAAAAAUCGACAUCUAUCACUACUGCCAAGAGAUUGGGAGAGUUUCUUGGUGAAGAAAUGGUCAAGGACGCUGGUUUGGCUACCAAGUACAUUAUUAGUGCAAAGCCAAUUGGUGCUCCUGUGACAGAAAGAGCUGUUCCAGUGUCUAUUUUCUCCUCAGACAAGAAGGAGUUUUAUUUAAAGAAAUGGUUAAAGGAUCCUUCUCUUCAGAAGUUUGGUCCUAGAGAUGUGAUUGACUGGGGAUAUUACCAUGAACGUUUGUCUUCAGUAGUUCAGAAGAUUAUCACGAUUCCGGCAGCAUUGCAAGAUGUGAAGAACCCAGUACCCAGAGUUGCACAUCCAGAUUGGUUGCAGAAAAAGAUCCACACCAAGGAAGAUUCUAGACAACAAAGUUCGAUUUCUACUUUUUUCGGUCUGGCCAACAAGAAAGAAGUAAUGGAGAAGCAGGUCAAGGAAAUUAAAGAGAUUAAGGAUAUAGAGGACUUUGGAGAUAUAGAUACUGUUGGGGCACCCAAGUCAAGAAUCGGAAAGGUCGUCUCGAGAAAGAGACGAGCAGCUAGAAACGCGAUCGCAGAAGCUGAAGAAGACGAACGUAAUAGUGCCAUCUUGAAUGCACCUUGUCCGUCCAUGAUAGAAGACUACGAAUGCUUCUUACAAUAUCAAAAAGCCAAGUGGAAAGUGCAAGCUGGCAACAGAGAGAGAAGAAAGAAGAUCUUUGGUCUGAAUUCUGAAUCGUCUCAUAGAUCGACAGUAGGUGGUAUGAUCCGUAAACAGGCAGAGAAUGUAGCAGGAUCGAAUUGGGAAAUUUUGGAAUACAAGGCUGACCCAAGCAAGCCUGGUGAAAUCAAGGUACAUAUUCUGGCUGUUGGUAAGAUUCAUACCUUUACUUUCCAUAUUCCGAAGAAGAUCUAUGCAGCUUACAAAUCUGAACUUCAACCCAGAAAGCAGAUCAGUGGGUGUGAAAUUGAAAGGUCCAACUCGAUCUUACCUAAUGGACAUGAUGGUUCGAACUUGUACAAAUUAAUAAUGUCAGAAAGUAGAUUCAAUGAAGAGAUCACUGACGUAGAAAGUGCUCUUCAAGAUUCUAAUAUUCUUGGACUCUACGAGACACAAAUUAAUUCUGUCGAAAGAGCUAUCAUUGAUUUGGGAAACGUUGUAAAGUUCGAUGAUACAAGAGUUGGUUCGUUGGGUAAAGGUCUCAAGAAUGGUUUCCAGGUUAAAGAUUUGAAUAGAGUUGAAGGUGCUGAGUAUUUGAAACGAUUUGAAAUGGACAUUGUCUACAUGUUACACAUCGUGACAAACAGUUACGAGUUCUUCACAGUUUUCAAAUCUUGGGAAGCGACUGCAGAAAUGUACAUCUUGAAACCUUCCGCUGGAGCUCAGGAGUUACCACCCAACAUCGACAAGAUCUACAGAGAGAUCUACGAAACUAAGAAGGACAGAUUAGGGAAGUUGUACAAUAUUCUUCAAUAUCCUGAUAAUAUGAACUUUGAGACUCAUUACUACAAUGACAGUUCAAAGUUAUUCAAGAAGUUGAAUGGUGCAAUUGGAAAGUUGCAUGCAUCAAGAAGUAACAAGGCAUUAUUUGCUGUUCAAUCUCCAUAUUCGUCUAAGAUUCUAAAUCUUUUGAGUUCUACAUCUGAUUUCCCUGUCGUUAGGAUGAAUGUUAGUGAAUUGGCGCUACCAGCAGUUGGAUGGCAAUCCUUGAUUUCAAUGAGAGUUAUCAAUCACUAUUUCGUUUUGGCAAAUUGGAUCAAGAAUUUAGUAGCCCUUGCCAAGUAUGGGAAUGUUCCAUUGUGCAAUUUACAAAUCGAAAAUGUGGGCUACUUGAUAGAUAUUGAAUAUGCAAGAAGAUUAAGUCAGAACAAUAUUGUUCUCUGGUGGUCUGCCAAUCCAUUGCCUGAUCAUGGGGGAUUUGAACUUGAUAAAGCUCCUGAUUAUGAAAAUCUUAACUUUCCAACAAUCAACAACCCUGAGAUUUAUGAAACAGCUUGUCUAGAAGUAGAAAUUGGAAAUUUGACUAUCAACACCUUCCUUACAAGCUCUCUCAUCAAUGAGGCUGAAGGUUCAGAUCUAGCUGAUGAUGGAGUUGUAUUCGACAAAAACAAUGGUGCAUCGACGAUUGCGGAGGAUUCCUUUUCUUCGCCUGCGUUGUCCAUUUUGAGAGGAAUGGUCAAGGAGUGGUGGGACGAUGCAUUAAAGAACAACAUUAAUGCUGAUUCAAUGAUGAACAGCUUGGUUACUUGGGUGCAAAGAAAAGACUCGUUCCUUUAUGAUUAUUCCUUGCAUUACCAUAUACAUAAUUUAACAACGAAAGCAUUAUUACAGUUGAUUGGUGAAUUCAAGAGAAUGAAUUCCCAGGUUGUCUUUGCUAAUAGAAACAAGUUAAUCAUUCAAACGACCAAGGUUUCUGUUGAGAAUUCGUAUGCAUUUGGUCAAUACAUUCUAAAAGCUGCUAGAUCAAAGCCUUUGUUUAAUUUUUUGGAUUUGAACAUCAUCAAGUAUUGGGAUAUUUUGGUAUGGAUGGAUGAGUUCAACUUUGGUGGCAGGUGUUGUAAACAAAUCACAGAUGAUGAUAUUCAAGACUUGAUGCCUGUCAAUAGCUGGCAAAUCAAACAAUUCUUGCCGGUUAUUUUCAGAGACGAAUUUGAGGAUUGGAUGGUUGUCUUUUUGGAUGCUCUUACUAAAUUCAAGAACGACAAAUUAACGGGUAAUACUCAAUCUGGAACUCCUCGUGUUACACAAAUCGUUCAUAUCCUCAAGGGCCAGAGAAAACUUGAAGCCAAAGAAGAAGAGGAGGAAGAUAUCUUUAAUGGGGUCUUUGAGGUGUUCAGAAAGUCAUUGCAAAAGAGAAUCGAAAGGAUCUACCAUCGUCAAAACGAAGCCAUUCUCAACCCUGAAUUCGCACAAGAGUAUGAGUUCCCCAAAUUACCAGGUUCCCAUUUGCACAUGAAGAAUCCAGCAUUGGAGUUGGUCAAGUUUUUAUGUGCUGUAUUCGGGUUGUCGAAGAAGAGAACCAUUGAGGUCAGAGUAUUGAGAAAGGAAUUGUUGUCGAUCUUUGAUAUCAAAGAGUUCAGUAGUGAAGCUAAUUUCAGGAACCCAAGUACUACAUUGAAGGUCCCUCAUAUUAUCUGUGACUAUUGUAACUUCAUCAGAGAUGUGGAUUUCUGUAGAGACUCAGAAAAGGAUCUCUGGAACUGUUCCAAUUGUCACAGACCAUACAAUCGUGUUUCCAUGGAAGAAGAGGUGAUCACACAAUAUAUUAAGCUCAUUACCAAGUUCUACAGUCAAGAUUUCAAGUGUGCAAAGUGUAAUUCGGUUAGAGUCGGCAACUUGAGUUUGUUCUGCAAGUGUUCUGGAAAAUGGGAGGAGACUAUCAGUUAUUCGGAAGUCGAGAAGAAAUUACAUGUUUUUGCCAAUAUUGCCAAUUCGUACAAAUUCCAGCUUUUGAAAGGAUUAAUAGAAGAAGCAGCCUGAGGCAUGUUUUGUAUAAUAGUAUAAUAGCAUUAAUAGAAGAAAUAUUU